UAGCACACGGUUCCUCCAACAAUAUAGCACUCAUAUAACAAGUCCCAUCAAUGUGGUGGACAUAUCACCGUUUGAUUUGGAUUUUUAUCAGUAUCUUCUGCUUAGGCAGAUCAAUGCCCUUUGGGCAGGUUGUGCCCUUCCGGUUCCUAUUUAAGGCCAUCCUCGAGAGCCACCUAGUAGCAAUCCUUACCGAACACCCCCAGGAAGAAACUUAACAGGAUGUUCACAUUGCUGACCAAACUUCCCAUCUUCCUAUUCUUUUUGGCUGCAUUUGGGGCGUCUUUCUCAGUGGCUCUCCCGACAGAUCAUGGCCAUGGGGUCAGAGCGCCCGAACCUACUAUGGAUGCAUAUGCCAAACGUUUGGAGCUGCUCAAGGGUCCGCUUGCCGCUAAGGACUCAAGUAAGUUCCAAAUACCAAUUAGUGUUCGCAUUGUAGCUCACUAUCAGACUAGGCCCCAAAAGAUUUGGUCACCCGAUCCCUGGGUAUGUGUCUUUGGCGAUGUUACCAUAUUUCCAUCUCACGUUAUAAUUACCUAGUUGGCCUGAGGCUUCACCUGCCCCUAAAUAGAGCCAGACAGUG